GUAUACGACGUCCCCAAUGGAAAUCUACUUUAGUGACCAGUGCUUUGCAUACAAGAGUGACCUUCAGAUGCAGUUUAUUCUGGAAUCGUGUUGGGAUGCUUUGAUUGAAAGCGAAAUAUUAAACAACUAUGGAAGGAAAUAUUGAUGCAACCCGAAAUCUGAGAAGACAGCAGAGACGAAAUUACUUGGAUAAUAAUCAGGACGAUGAAAUUGAAGGCAAACGAACCUUCAGCGUCGAAGAAAAACUUGCAAGUGCGAAAUUUGAAGGGACCAACUUUGUGCAAAAGCUUGUCGGAUCUGAUUUUACGUUGAAUUUUGUACAAGAAGGUGGCUUCAAGACCCCCAUCCUCUUUGAAAACCCUGAUGGAUUAGGAAUGAGGAUGCCUUUUGAUGGAUUUACAGUAACAGAUGUAAAGAAUUAUGUUGGGGCUCGAAGACUUGUUGAUGURAUUGAUGUGAAUACCCAACAAGCCUUAGAACUCACGUUACAAAAUUGGGUCAAAUACUUUACAAACCCCGAAAGAGAGAGAAUUUACAAUGUCAUCAGUUUGGAGUUUAGUCAUACGAAGCUUCAAGAAAUCGUCGAGUCUCCUUCUGUGGUGCGUCAGAUUGACUGGGURAACACGAUAUGGCCUCAAAAUCUCAUCGAAGAACAGACAGACUCUACAAAUUCUCUCGCUGAUAUGAAAUACCCUAAAGUUAGGAAAUAUUGUCUCAUGAGUGUUGGAGGCUGUUAUACUGACUUUCACAUCGACUUUGGAGGGACUUCUGUGUGGUAUCAUAUCAUAAAAGGCGAGAAGAUAUUUUGGCUGAUUCCUCCGACUGAAGAGAACCUUCAGUUGUAUGAAAAGUGGGUUUUGUCUGGCAAGCAGCAAGAUAUGUUUUUUGGAGAUCAAGUGAAGCAGUGUUCCCGCGUGUUUUUGAAAAGUGGAGACACUUUCUUGAUUCCAACAGGUUGGAUUCAUGCCGUUUUUACACCUGUUGACAGCUUGGUUUUUGGUGGAAACUUUCUACAUAGUUACAGCAUCAAAGAGCAGAUUCGYAUUAGUGAAAUCGAAGACAACACCAAAGUGCCUCAAAAGUUUCGCUAUCCUUUCUAUGGGGAGAUUAUGUGGUAUGUCCUCGAUAAAUACACAARGUUGCUAAAGAAAGACACCGAAGAAAGAAACAAGGCUGGUCCAACGCAAGYAAAAUCAGUCAAAACCAAGAAAAAGAGCGAAGAAAAGCGUAGCGUUUCGCCGGACAAGAAAAGUGUGGUWAAUGGUGAUGACAACAGCAGAAGAAGAUCUAGUCGUGUGGCGUCUAARGAUACAAAAAGAUCCUUCGACGAGCAAGGCUCGCAACCUAAAAAGAAGAUAAAACUCGAGAAAACCGAUGAUGAAGAAAAACCUCASGUCAAUGGCGAGACAAAUGGCUGUCACAGUGAUAGUGAAACCCCCUCGACUGAAACUCCAUGGGUCCCGGUGCACGUCACCGAGAAGGAGAUCAAAGGAUUGGUUAGUUUGAUAGAGAAAUUUCGUGAGUGGCCACAUGCGAAGAAGUGUGUACCACAAACCAUUGAAAAUCCUGACAAACUACUGGAAGAUUUGGAGCAAUUGCUAUCACAACGAGAAGACGACGAGCAUUCAUUAUCAACUGCCAGCGGUAUUCAGCACUUGUUUCAAAUCGACCCCCCACCCAAGAAGGAGAAAUCACCUCGCCACAAGGCAGUUCCUAUGAUGUCAAAGUUUGGUACCAAGGUAGGACCAGGUGUUCGUCGACGACGCACAAGAUGUGGUCAGUGUGAAAACUGUCAACGGGAAGACUGUGGUGAAUGUCGAACAUGUAAAGAYAUGAAGAAAUUUGGUGGUCCAGGAAGAAUGAAGCAGUCUUGUCAAAAACGUGUCUGUCUAAAGCCAAACCUACCGACUUGUGUGCGCUGCCUGGAAUGUAACGGKUUYAGUGAAGACGACAARCCRUUGAUGGAAUGCCGACUGUGUGCUGAGAUAGUUCACCCUGAAUGCAUUGGAGCAGAAGAGGACACUUACAGAAUAGUACCCGAGAUUAACAACUGCUGGGAAUGUCCAAAGUGUUUUAACGACAAAGAAAACAAACACGACAGAGAAGAYGAUAGUGAACAAGAAAUCUCCAACCAAUCGGCACCACGAAAACGAAAGAGCAAAGUAUUAUCAAAACGACUGCAAAAAAAGGCGAAAAGUGCUCGUGGUGGUCAUGAACAUAGUGAUGGUACAGAUGGUGAAUCAUCAGAUGAAAUUAGCGACCAAGAGGGUGUAAGUGCAGAAUCACAAGCAGAAGUUAGAAGUCGACCAGMAACACCUCCACCCCCUCCCCCACCAGUAGAAGUAAAAGCAAAAUACGUCAUUAGACCAGGUCCCGCGGAUYCCCCGUCUGAGGUUGUCAUAACAGAAGACGAKSAAGAACACGUCCUCAAGCAAUCUAUAUGGUUGAAGGUCUUUUCAUAUUUGAGUCAGCAGGAGCUUUCUUUGUGCAUGCGCGUGUGCCGUACGUGGAAUCGCUGGUGCAUGAAUACCACAUUUUGGGCAGUYGUAGACUUAUCACACAAAAAAUUAACUCAGGAUACCCUACARGGGAUUGUACGCCGACAGCCAAGCACGUUAAACCUUGGAUGGACAAAUAUUACAUGCAAGCAACUGGAAUGGCUAUUAAAUCGUCUUCCUCGACUAAAAGAACUGUACUUGAGCGGAACUACUGAAGCAACAGUUAGUUGUCUCGCGCAAGUCAACUGUCCAUACAUACGGGUUCUUAGCUUGAGCUGGUCAACUGGCAUCACUGAUUCUGUUCUCCGAGAGGUUAUCCAGCCUCCCCCGCCAAUGGAUGGACGCAUGGGAACUGGUGAUGGUAAAAGUAGACUCCAUUCCCUCUCGUCUCUCUACCUUACGGGGAAUGACGUUACUGGCAAGACUCUCCAGUUAUUAAUGCAGUAUUGCCCUUCGUUACGUAAGCUUGAUCUCAGUUAUUGCCCUGGUAUUCACGACAAUGAUAUACARACCUUAACGUCUGGUUCACGACGCAGCGUCCAGGAAAUACUACUAACGGGSUGUGGCAAGCUAACAAAUUCGUGUCUUAAAUACAUCAAUUGCUGCGUGAACUUAGAGCGUCUGGAUUUGAGAGCCUGCGCUAAAAUCUCAUCGACGGAGAUUGAAAAGUUUGUAAAGAGGAGGAGGGAGCCAUUGAAGAUUCUUGAAGAGAAGCUUGUUGUGGCUUCACCUUGAUGAACGAUUAUUYKUUAUUUCUCCUGCUCUGUUGGCGUCUGUUUAACUAGAACCAAUUCGUAUUUUUGUUUAGUUAUUGGACUUGCUUAUAAAGCUGUUUUAGUCUGGGUAAGAAACUUAUAGUACCAGCUACAAAACGAUUCAAAUUCCUAYCAUAAUCCUCAGCGAUUCAGUCGAGUUGUGUUUGAGAAAACUUUAAAGCUUUUCAAGCUUUCUUGUGCUGCAGCAUGAGUGAUCACAGAUAUUGAUGGUUUUAAUAGCCUUGCUGCUCAAUUUAAGGGAUAAUAAUGAAGAACCUUGUUUUAAAUGGAAGGGACGAGURUUCAAGGUAAUGGUGCAUGAKUACUUGCAUCUUAAACCGACUUCUUGAGGUUAUUGAACACCUUGUAAUGCAAAGUUGUUUGGGCAGAUUAUUUCCCCGAACAACAAGCACAGAAAGAUUUACAAGGGUUAUACUGUACAGUAGUAGACACACUAUAUGUUCGUGAAAUAUUUAAAACUCUAAACCCGUGAAAUGCAAGGCAAUCUGUCAGUAAGAGAGACAUACCUGGAGGUCUGGGCACUAGUCCCCUCGUUCUUGAUUAUGGAUAUAUACACCCUUUUAAUAAGUCCCGAGGUAUUACGUUCUCCGCACUUGACGUCAAAUUUAUUCUUUUGAAUUCCUUUUGUAUUGUAAAAGUUUCAAAAGAAUAAAUUUGACGUCAAGUGCGGAGAAAACAAUACCAUGGGACUUAUUAAAAGGGUGUAUACGAAUCGGGAUACGAAUAUCUGAAACGCAAGACCACGACAAAUUAUAAACGCGAAAAGUUUGGUUUAACCUGGAUACACCUACUUGCAGAAACGUUGUCAUAGAAAGUAGAACAUUUAAAUUUAGUAAAAAAGGAAUAAAUUAAAACAAGACAAAAGAAAGUGUUCAGCCUCAGUGAUCUUCUUUUGUCUUUUUAAUUUAUUCCUUUUUACUAAAAUACAAAUGCCUAUUUUCUAUGACAACGUUUUCGCAAGUAGGUGUAUAUAUAUUAAAAGAUUUGCAAAAUUUUGAACAUGCUAGAAUAUACAAUGAUGGUUUUGGGGACAAAUUGUGGACGUUUCGUGUCCAAACCUCCCGGUAUGGUUAGCCAAUUUAYUGUUCAUAUUUUUGCUUUUAAUCAAAGUCAACGUUAUAUUAUUCCUGUAGUUUGUAACAUUUCAGUUUUAGCUUCGUUCAUUUUAUUGCGGAUAUUUUASAUGUAAAUUCAAGCCGCUACCAGAAAUAAGUCAACUUGUUUGUAAACGUAGAAACAACCGAUGUUGCGUAUUGUACAUGAUUUGUCACAUUUAAAUUUUGUUUUGGAAAUUUUUGUACAAAUAUUUGAAUAUUUUGAAAUCCAUUGCUUAUAAUUUAGCUUUCAAUUUAUUAUUAAAAUGCAUUUUUGUCUAA